CGCUGGUCCACCAAGGUUUCUGAGCAGGUCGCAAAACUACAUGUUCCACUCCAGUCAUGGCAGCCCCGGGAGAAGUCGUGGGUAGCGAGGUUCUGGAGACGUGUGGUCUGGACCAGAUUGUGGAAGCGCUGAAGCUGCUGCUGAGCCCGGGAGGAUCGGGUUCAAGUUCACUACACAUCACAAAGCACGAUGUCUUACUGGCUACUUUGAAAUCUAACCUCUCUGCCUUGGAGGACAAGAUUCUGAGGGAUCCUCAGUGGAAGAAACUGAAACUCCUACGGGAUGAAAUCAUUAAUCAGGCAGAGUGGCCGCAAAGCUCUGUGGACAUCACUUGGAGUUUUACUUCUCAGACCUUGUUGUUGCUGUUGUGCUUGAAGGAAACCAUGAUCCGCCUCGCAGCUGAUUUCAAUCCAGGUAAACCCAACCCGAGGACUCCAGAAGUUGCUCCUGCCCUGAGCCCUGAUACACUUAGUAUCACACAGCAGAAGACCGUCCAGUCUGCUUUGCAAUUUGUAGUCACCUUGGGUGUCUGUCCCUAUCUCGUGGCUGGUGUUGGAGUCCCUCUGAAACACAGGACUGAGUUCGGUGCUGUCGUUCAAGAUGUGGUGAGCCUGGAUGCUGCCCCCCAUGCAGCCCGGAGACUUUACACCAGCUGCAGCGUCCUCCUAGAUGUUGCUCGACAUGCAUCUCUGGGGAGCUUGAUUCUCUGCCGCCACUUAGGGGAUAUUGCAGCAGGUCUCUGCCAACUGGGAUUCUGCCCACCCAAAAGAAAACCACCGACACUUGCAGAAGAGGUUUUAACUGAAGAGGAACGAACCCUGUCCAGGGGGGCCUUGAGAGACGUCUUGGAUCAAGUGUAUCAGCCAUUAGCAGUCCGGGAAUUACUUAUCCUCCAAGGAGGACCUCCUCAGUCCUGCACAGGUGCGAAGACACAGCUUAGGUGUCGGACCCCAGCUUGGCUUCGCCGACUAUGUGGGCAACUGCUCUCUGAAAGGUUGAUGAGACCUGGUGGUGUUCAGGCAGUAGUCCGGGGCAUUUUGGAAGGAGCAGGCGCGGGGGCAGCUGGCGGGAGUGAUGCAGAGGCAACAGCUGCUGACUGGAAGAAAUGUGACUUGAUUGCAAAGAUCUUGGCCUCUUGUCCCCAACAGUCUCUUUCACCAGAGAGUUACUACAGGGACAUUUGCCCCCAGAUUCUGGAUUUAUUUCAUUUUCAAGAUAAACUGACAGCGCGACAAUUUCAGAGAGUUGCCACCACCACCGUUAUCACUAUGUCCAGAGAACAGCCGCGGUUGGCAGCAAAUUAUUUGCUUCAGCCGCUGUUAGCCCCUCUUCAUCGCUGUUUGAACACGACAGAGAUUCCAGAAAGCAACAUGGUACCAGGGACCAUUUUGGUGACAGAAGAAGAACUUAGUAGAUGUAUUGAAGAUGUCUAUAAGGUGUACGUGGUGGGGAAUGAACCUCUCACAGUGUUGCUGGAUUCCUUGCUUCCAGUCCUGAGGAUGCUCUUUGCUCUCUACUGCUUUACAAAGCAGACUGUGUCUCACAUAAGGUCAUUUUGCCAAGAGAUCUUAUUAUGGAUCCUGGAGAAGCUGGAAAGGAAGAUAGCAAUUGCCAGCCUGAAAGGAUUUGCAGGAUUGGACAAAACUGUGCCCUCUCUUCAUCCUCUGUGUCAGUUUAGAGCUGCCAUCCAGGGUGGCAUUAUGAUUACUAUCAGAGAGGCCAUUAGCAAUGAAGAUGAAGACGAAGCCCUGUACCAGAAGCUGUCCUCAGAGCAGAGCCAGGUGGAGCAUCUCGGGGACUUGCUCACCUGUUGUCAGGAGUGUGGCGUGGCGGGAGACUUCUUCAUCUUCUGUUUGAAAGAGUUGACUCAUCUGACGGUGGACAAUGAAGCAGAGUUAAAACCUAAGCCCUUCUCUACCAAGAGCCUCUUAGAAUUGGAAGAGCAGGCUCUCCUUGUGGAAGGCCAGGAGCAUAGGCUGCUGGUCCUGCAGCUCCUGGCUGUUCUGUGCGAGAAAAUGUCGGAGCAGAUAUUCACAAACAUCACUCAGGUAGUGGACUUUGUAGCAGCAACACUGCAGAGAGCAUGUGCAAGCCUGGCCCAUGAGGCGGAGAGCACCGUGGAGUCACAGACACUGAGCAUGUCCAUGGGGCUUGUGGCCGUCAUGCUAGGAGGAGCAGUUCAGUUGAAGUCAAGUGAUUUCACAAUCAUGAAGCAGCUGCUGCCUCUGUUGGAGAAGGUCUCCAAUACAUAUCCUGACCCUGUCAUCCAAGAGCUCGCUGUUGAUCUCCGUAUCACCAUCGCUACCCAUGGAGCCUUUGCCACACAGGCUGUCAGUGUGGCUGCCCAAAGUACACUGAACAAAAAAGGCCCAGAAGGGAGAACGGAAGAGAAGCACCAAGCCGGUCAUGACACACAGGCAGCUCAGAGCCAUCUUGAACAACAGCAAAAUCAUGAGACAUCCCCUCACACAGGCCAAGAGUCUGAUGUUCCAUUCAUUCCAAAGGGGGUCAGUGAACCCAACACUACUACAAACCAGAAAUCUGUAUGCAUAACCACAGAACAGCUCCAAGAGGUUCUUUUAUCAGCUUACGAUCCUCAGAUUCCAAUGCGGGCUGCUGCCCUGCGUACUCUUUCCCGAUGGAUAGAGCAGAGGGAAGCAAAAGCCCUCGAGAGACAAGAGAAACUCCUCAAGAUAUUCUUGGAGAACUUGGAACAUGAAGACACUUUUGUAUAUCUGUCUGCGAUUCAAGGAAUCGCCCUACUCUCAGAUGUCUACCCUGAGAAAAUCUUGGUUGACCUGUUGGCUCAAUAUGACAGCGGCAAAGGCAGACACACACCUGAGACCAGAAUGAAAGUGGGAGAAGUCCUGAUGCGAAUAGUCAGGGCGUUAGGGGACAUGGUCGCAAAGUACCGAGACCCUUUGAUCCAUACCUUCCUGAGGGGAGUGAGAGAUCCAGAUGGUGCCCACAGGGCCAGCAGCUUAGCCAACCUGGGAGAGCUGUGCCAGCGCCUGGACUUCCUGCUGGGCCCCGUGGUUCAUGAGGUGACAGCUUGUGUGAUUGCCGUGGCUAAAACAGACGAUGAAGUUCAAGUCCGCAGAGCUGCCAUCCACGUGGUUGUGCUGCUGCUUCGGGGUCUCAGCCGGAAAGCUCCUGAGGUGCUGAAAGACGUCCUCAAGGAUCUCUACCACCUGCUGAAGCACGUGGUGCAGCUGGAGCCCGACGACGUGGCCAAGCUCCAUGCUCAGCUAGCCCUGGAGGAGCUGGAUGAGAUCAUGAGAAACUUCCUGUUCCCACAACAGAAGCUGGAGAAGAAGAUUACUGUCCUGCCGUAGACCUGGCUCAAAGGACCUGAAGAGGGCAUGGAGGGACCAAGCAGCGAGAGUCAUGCCCAAGCCCUCCAUCAGGCGGCCCUGCUGCCUCUGGUGCUGGCGAUACGGCUGGCUCCGAGGGAGGCUUUGUGGUGCUGGUCGCUCGGGUCUUGAGGUCUUGACCUUCCUGAAACAUCUAUUCAGCUGCCCCACGUCCAGCUCAGAGCGUGGACAGUUAAAUGGAAAAAGUCAACUGUAGCGUUCAGGGAAGGGUGCCUCCUGAUGGAAGUGAACGCUAACAUGACUGAUGGAAUCUCAUGUACUGAACCUGCAGUUUGACAGGUUGGCCUCCCCUAGGUCACAGAUCUUUAUACUCUUUCAUGGUGAUAUUACUUUUCAUACUUCUUCAUACUCUUUCAUGGUAAUAUUACUUUUCCUGUGAUAAUGCGGUGCAGGCAGAGCUAGUCAUCUCUGGCUGCUAAAGAGGCAUCUGACUGUGGGAUAUAUUUGAGGAGAUGGAUAGGACGUAGUUACCAAAACAUGCAAAAUGGAAUAAAAUCAUCUUGGCCGGAAGAAA